UGAACAAAGUUUAACAGUUCACAUUGUUUCCGUUGAAUGUUUGUUCUCUCUCCAACACCUCUUAUCUAGGAUACAGUGCUACUGAGCUGCUUUUUAAAAAGAUCUCUUCUUUAACUACUUAUGCUUGUUGUUUGACAUUAAAGAUAUCUCACAUUUCUUUCUAACUUUUAGCAAUAGAAGAAGUUUUUAUGGCAUGCUUGCCCUUUCAUUUGAAAAUCCCUUGAAAUGAUUUGUUUCUUGUUAGAUAGAUUGCUAGUUAAGUCAUUGUUAUCUAUUUGAUAUCUGAUCUUAAAUCCCUUUGGAAGUAUGUGCGUUUGGACUUUUUUUUAUUAAGCCUUGUUUAAUCUCACAAAUGCAUAAGAACUUGUUCCAAGCAUGUGGAAUGUGUUGAGACAAUCUACUGUUGUUAUGCUAUAACACACUAGCCAUCACCAUGCACAUUUUGCCCGUUGACAAAUACAAGCCUGCCAAGUAUCUCCUCAGUGGAAGAGAGAAGGAUUUAGUGAGCAUACUCCAGACCCACUCUGCCGGGGUCACGGGCGCGUAGAGAAGCUUUCAUGAGGUUGCAAACGAGUGACACUAUUAUUUAAUUUUGCUAGUUCCUUUUCAGCACAGAGAGGGUACGCUUAUUAAUUUAACAUGUGUAUGCGGGCCAUAUUCACUGGGAUACUAAUGAUCGAAAUGUAAAUGAAUGGGAAGAAUAAUAAGGCUUUUUUUUUAUGUAUAUUGAAGAGAGUCUCUCAUGGGAGGUGACUGCAGAAAGCAUUCACACUGUCUCACUGACACAGAAAUCAGUAGUAGAGUGUGUAGCAAAGCUGGGUUUCCUGUUUGUUCUCCAACUGAAGCAUCGUGGAGGAGAACAUUGUGAUGUAGGCUAAAGUGAUGUCAUGUACAGAGGAAGAGACACUUGCUAAAUAAUCGCUCGUUUUUGAGCAACCUGUGGUGCGUGCGUCAGUCGCCAGAAGUUAACUUCUUCAUCCAGCAAAGGCUAUAGACCAAAGUUAUUCCCAACACAUGUGCGAUCUAGAGAGGGUAGAGGAGUGGUGAGGGGAGAACAGCAUCAGGCAAAAGAAGGUACUUUCACACCUGUAUGGCACAUGCUUGUGUUCAGUUCUACUUUGUGGGGGUGUGAGUUUACAUUUUGGAAUAAACUGUUAUGCUGACCAGAUUCCAGGAAAGAUUUAGUUCUCAGACAGUCUUCGCAGUCAAACAUGCAUGCAAACACAUAUCACAGCAAUGAAUCUUCAUUCAGAUUGUUAUUUUGUUGGUGAUUAGGGUUUAAGGUUUAAAUGUUGGGGCGCGAACCUUGAAGGCUUCUUUGAAAUCUGCGUCUGUGCUGUUGGUUGAUGUGUGAUUUGUAGGUAAGAUAGAUUCUUCUUUGUUUUAAUGUACAGCGUGAUCUGUUGCCUGCAUGGCUCUGUGUGAGUGAGUGAGUGAGUGUGUGUGUGUGUGUGUGUGUGUGUGUGUGUGUGUGUGAGAGAGACGCAGGGAGGAGGUGCUCAAGCAGAUAGUGCGUUAGCUAAUGGUGUCUGAGAGCAACUGGGCAGGGCUGACAGAAGUGCAAUAACAUCAUGACAUCACCAAGAGGAAGGAGAGAGAGAGAGAGAGAGAGAAAGAGAGAGAGAGAGAGAGAGAGAGAGAAGGGGGGUAGCUAAGCCACUCGAAGAGGGCCAGCAGUCACAGCAGAGAGCAGAGGGAGAGAGAGGGAGAGUGUGCGUGUGCACAGAAGAGGGGAGAACCCAGCACUGCACCAGCUCCAGAAAGGAGGCUCUCUUCUCAGGAUUCGUGUGGAUUUCCCAUCCUCCCCAUCGCGUUUCUCCUUCCCCUCUCCCCCUUCCCCCUUCCCCCUCGUCCUCUGGCCGUGAUCGCCUCCCCUCCCCUUCGCCCAUCCUGCUCCGGGCAUGCUACUUAAGCCCAAGUAUGGCCGCUUCCGCAACGACUCUGUGACCUCCUCCGACGACCUGAUGCAGAGCUUAGCCAUGAGCGGGAAGGUGGCCGCCACGCCGGUGGCCGCUCCGCCCGCGCCGGGCUCUCCGCCGCCGCCGCCGCCCUCGGAGUCCGCCGCCCUGCCCCCGCCCCCGGCCCAGGAGCCGGCCGACUCGCCUGCCGCGGAUGGCGAGCAGGACGGCGCCACCACCUUCUGCAUGCUCAUCCCCAAGAUGCCCCAGUGGAAGUUCUCCAACGCUCUGCUGAGUCGUAGCCCCUCCUCCAGCAGCAGCUCCAGCUCCAGCUCCGGCAAGGACUCCGGCAGGGCCCCCGGGGCUGAGGCGUCAGGGGCGGCCCCCGGCGGCCCCGUGGCCAGCCUGGCCGCUGCGCUCAACUCCUGUGACCCCGGGUGUGUGGGUCCCUGUUCCCUGCAGGCUGGCAGCAGACAGAGGGCCGCUGCCGUGGGCUCAGCCAGUCCCAGAGGCUCUGGUGGUGUGGGGACGGUGGAGGGGAGCCCGGGGGGUUCCGGGAGCUUCCGGACAGGGAUGAACCGCAGGACCAGGGUGGAGGGCAUUUGUCUGGGUGGAGAGGAGCUCAACCACAAGGGCAGCUUCAUCCACAAACCCUCCCAGGGAUGGCUGCACCCUGACAAAAAGAUUAGCAGCACGGGGGCAUCCUAUAUCGUCAGGUAUAUGGGCUGUAUUGAAGUGCUCAAAUCGAUGCGUUCACUGGACUUUACCACUAGAACCCAGGUGACAAGGGAGGCUAUCAACAGGCUGUGUGAUGCUGUUCCAGGAGGAAAGGGUGUAUGGAAAAAGAAGACUGCCAGCAAGGCCCUCCAGGCGAUCAUGGGGAAGAGUAACUUACGCUUCGCCGGAAUGAGCAUCGCUGUCAACAUCUCCACCGAGGGCCUGAGUCUACACGUGCCCACCACCCGGCAGGUGAUUGCACAUCACCCUAUGCAGUCCAUCUCAUUUGCUUCGGGAGGAGACACGGACACGCCCGAUUAUGUUGCAUAUGUGGCCAAAGAUCCUGUCAAUCAAAGAGCCUGCCACAUUCUGGAGUGUAGCGACGGCCUCGCGCAGGGCGUCAUCAGCACCAUCGGCCAGGCCUUCGAGCUUCAGUUCAAACAGUACCUGCACAGCCCACCCAAGGUCAUCCUCAGCCUGGACAGGAAUAUCCGGGUGGAGGAGUCAGCGUGGGGGGAUGACGAGGAGUCAUCGGAGCACGAUUACUACAACAGCAUCCCCGGGAAAGAGCCGCCACUGGGGGGGGUGGUGGACUCCAGGCUGAAGCCCCCGCCGGCGCUGCUGGGCCACGCCCUCAGCAUGCCGCACGGCAGGACACUGCAGGCUGGCUGUGUCACACGGAGAGACGCCUCCUCGCUCCCUACACCUCAGCUGUGUCACGAAGUGCGCUGGGACACAGAGGACAGCAGCAGCUCGAAUUUGACAUCUGAUGGGUAUUUGCGAACAGAUGGGCACCCCCCUAGUGUCCGGGACUACGAGGAGCACCUGUAUGUAAACACUCAGAGCCAGGAAAGCAUGGAGCCGUUGGUAGGCGCACGGGGAGGGUGCAGAGCGGAGAGCCCCAAGAAAGACAUCUUUGACAUGAGGCCAUUCGAGGACGCCCUGCGGAUGCACGAGGCCGGCAGCGUCUGCGUGCUAGAGGACCAGUGGCCGAGCCCGCCCCGGCGCCGUGCUCCAGUGGCCCCCACCGAGGAGCAGCUCCGCCGCGAGGCUUGGUACCACGGUCGCAUGAGCCGUCGGGACGCCGAGAAGCUGCUGGCCCGAGAUGGGGACUUCCUGGUGCGCGACAGUGCCACCAACCCGGGCCAGUACGUUCUGACUGGGAUGCACUGCGGCCUGCCCAAGCACCUGCUGCUGGUUGACCCGGAGGGGGUGGUACGCACUAAAGACAUGCUCUUCGAGAGCAUCAGUCACCUGAUCAACUACCACCUGAGUAACAAGCUGCCCAUCGUAGCGGCUGAGAGUGAGCUCCACCUUCAGCAGGUGGUGUGCAGGAAACAGUGACCUCCACCUGGACAACGCACACAGAAGGGUUUUAACGGCCUGAUUCUGCGCAGCCGAGGCCCAGGGUCCCCACACUUUUGCCUUAAAUGUGGAUACUAAGCUUCCGUUGGGUGCACUGGACAUGUGGUAUUGCAGAUGUGGGAAUCGAACUACGACUCCCAGCAUGCCUUCCUCUUCAGGCCAAGCUGACAAACCCAGGGCUUUAGCAGACAUCUUACGGAAGGGGAGGCUCUGAACAGAAGUCGACUGUGCGUUUCACGAUGUGUAGCAUUAGGACGCCCCAUUCUGAUUUUACUCUGAGGUGUAAUCCAAGUGCCCUGUUUUCAAAAUGUGAGCGAUCAGUGAUUAUGCUUGCGGGCUUUAUGAUCAGUGUGUCGACUUUGCAGUCAGAUGUAUUUAGUUGAUUCUGGAAUCAAAGUAUUAUAGGAAGUGGGCAGUAUGUGAAUUGUUCUCAGGAUGCAGUAUUUCAUAUGGACCUUAUGUGGGCGUAUGAUAUUUCCUAAGCUUAAUUGUUCAAGCCUGUCUUAUGCAACCAUAUCACAUACAUGUUUAAUUUAUUAGGCCUCAGGACCAAAUGCUAGGUCAUGCUUAUGUAAGAGUAAAAAAACAAAACAAAACUACACAAAUACCAAUUGUUAUAGCAAUUAAGAAAUUUGUUUUGCAGAGCAGACUGGCAUAUUGCAUACUGGAGGCAUAUAAUUUCUUUUUUAAAAACUAUAUAAAAUAACUGACCAAAUGUAGGUCGGCUAACAUUUCAUGCAGCUGCGUAUUAUAUAUGUGGAACAGUCCCCAAAAGUCUACAUUCCCAUAAGGGGUAAUAAUAUGGAUUUUCAUCUUUCAAAUACCAUAAUUUAAGGUGGGUCAAGACACCAAAGUCACUAGAAAAUCCGUAUAAGCUUCGGAAUUAUUUUUCCGAAGGUUUUUAAUGAUUUCUUUCUUAUUCUUCAUUUUUCACUUGUACAGAGUUUUCCAUCGUUCACAGAGGCCCUGAUCUCCCCACGCUAGCCACUAACGUUUUCGCAUGCACACUGCUCCCCUUAUCUCGUGCUGCAGCGGAAACGGUCGUAAGAAUCACGGGAACGAUCGCAGUGGCGUUCGCCCUUGUUUCUCCGUGGGACUCUGUAAUGGCCCAGACGUACCAGACAGAUCUGAUCGUCAUCUGUGUUCUUUAUUAGAGCAACAACAACAACAAAAACAUAAAAAGAUCUGAGCAGAGAGAUCACCUUAGUGUUCUAGACGCACCAAGUUCUGCAUAAAUGAUGAUUUCUUUAAAUUCUAUUAGCGAUCAGAAAGUGUUAUCCACAAUAGUGCGAGAUUGGAUGUCGGUCAGCGAAAAUGAACACAACAGCGCAUUUGGAGAACUUUGACCCUUGUAAGCUUGGAUUGAUUGGUAUUAAUUUUUAACCUUGUAUUUCCUUUUCUGUAAAUGAUUGAUUUGGGAAAGAAAUUAGUAAGGAAAGUAGAAAUAGUAAUCUAUACUGAACUAGCCAAAGAUGUGUUUUGAAGAUGAAAUUAGGUGUUGCCCCCCACUUAAGAGUUGAGUUAUUGAGCUCAUAAAAUUAUUCUAAUUUUUAAAUAAUUUUUUCUUGCCUGGUUUUUGUUUUGUUUUUGAUAGGCAUGUUGUCAGUAACCCUAAAAUCAGGAAAUUAUAAUAAAAGGAUUAUACUAUUGUA